AGAACAACAGCAGCAGCAAAGAACGGUUGACAGUUGAAUGCAUAGAAGACGAAGAGAAGCUUUUGAAACCCUAAAAAACCCAGCGGUUUGAUAAAAAGGUUUAAUGAAUGGCCUCAUCUCUGCUUUUCUCUUCCAAUUCACCACUCUCUUCCGCUACUCUUUUUAAGACCCACCCUCGCUUCCCUUGCCGACACCGCAUCAGAUGUAGUGUGGGCGAGCCGUUGAAGUUCGACAAUGGAAAGCCUUACUUUCCUCUCCUCACCACUGAACCUGCAUUGCCCACCUUUUUGUCGUCAAAUACCCAAUUGGAAAACGCUAUCAACAAAAACGAUACAAGGCUUCGUAUAUUUUCUGGCACUGCUAACCCUGCUCUAGCUCAGGAAAUCGCAUGCUAUAUGGGUCUGGAGCUUGGGAAAGUCAAGAUAAAGCGUUUUGCUGAUGGUGAGAUUUAUGUUCAGUUGCAAGAGAGUGUGAGAGGGUGUGAUGUGUACCUGGUGCAACCCACUUGUCCCCCUGCCAAUGAGAAUCUUAUGGAGCUUCUCAUUAUGGUUGAUGCUUGUCGAAGGGCUUCUGCUAAGAAUAUUACUGCCGUUAUUCCCUAUUUUGGCUAUGCCAGGGCUGACAGAAAGACUCAAGGGCGUGAAUCUAUUGCUGCCAAACUCGUAGCAAAUUUGAUUACAGAAGCGGGUGCAAAUCGUGUUCUUGCUUGUGAUCUUCAUUCUGGGCAAUCCAUGGGUUACUUUGAUAUUCCUGUGGAUCAUGUUUAUGGUCAGCCUGUGAUUCUUGAUUAUCUUGCUAGCAAGAGAAUAUGUUCUGAUGACUUGGUGGUAGUCUCGCCAGAUGUUGGAGGUGUCGCCAGAGCACGUGCUUUUGCAAAAAAAUUAUCUGAUGCACCUCUUGCAAUUGUUGAUAAAAGGCGUCAUGGGCAUAAUGUUGCAGAGGUCAUGAAUUUGAUAGGUGACGUGAAAGGAAAGGUAGCAGUUAUGGUGGAUGACAUGAUUGACACAGCUGGGACAAUUGCGAAAGGUGCUGCUCUAUUGCAUCAAGAAGGGGCCCGGGAAGUGUAUGCAUGUAGUACACAUGCUGUUUUUAGUCCUCCGGCAAUAGAGAGGUUGUCAAGUGGUCUUUUCCAAGAAGUUAUCAUAACAAACACCAUCCCAGUUUCAGAGCAGAAUUAUUUUCCUCAGUUGACGGUCCUCUCUGUGGCAAACCUUCUAGGAGAGACCAUAUGGCGUGUUCAUGAUGACUGCUCUGGAGGGUUUGAACCCUAUUCAACUUUGGGCAUUGAUUGAUUUGUCCACUUGAUGUUGGGAACAGAGUUGCCUUGCCUGCCUGGAACUGCAAAACAAAUUGGUUUUAUGGAACGGGGGAUCAGAAUGCGAAUCAUUGUCCAUCUACUCGGGUGUGGUACAGUGGGGCUAGUUUUGUUAAAAAUGCACACUAGGGUCUUUUUCUUUUUUUUGUUUUUGUUUUUGUUGAGAUCAUGUGGUCCUAUUUCUUUUCUGUAUUUUUAUAUGGUACUAUUUUUUGUUGAAAAAAUGUAAUGGACUUUUAUUUCAUUAAUGAAUAAUAAGUAAUAGAUU